AUGUUUAAUGAAUCCUAUGAGCGGAGGCUGCUUCAGCAAUGCACUCCCAUACGAAAACAAUCGGUUCUGGUCCGGCCAGAGCCUAUGGAUAGAUUUAUUCCAUGCAGACUUGAAAACAAUUGGAAGACCAGCUUUCGAGCCAUCUACCGUGGUAAUGAGAACCAGCCAGCAAAGAAGUCACGUAGUGAUGGCAGCAAUGAUGGUGCAGGCGGUCCUAGGGAACAGUUCGCGUAUGGAUGUCUCCUCCGCAACGAACUUCUUGGUGCAGAAAUUGAGGAACUAAGAGGACCUCCAACAAAUUGUGCUGAAGGAAAUAGGGCGGCUUUAGGCGCUGUUCAGCUAGCUUCUGCCGCGAGAGCCGCCCUCGCUUACUCCCCGCCCGUCUUCAGAUUUCGCGCACCAGUCCACAGUGCAGAAGAAAAUAUAGACCCGUCACCGUACAGCCUUUCACCAGUAUCAGCGAAAUCACAGAAAUUGUUGCGGUCUCCACGUAAAGCUACUAGGAAAAUCUCUAGGAUUCCGUUCAAGGUGCUUGAUGCGCCGGAAUUACAAGACGAUUUCUACCUUAAUCUGGUGGACUGGUCCGCCCAAAAUGUUCUCAGCGUUGGAUUGGGAAGCUGUGUGUAUCUGUGGAGUGCCUGCACAAGUCAAGUGACACGGCUAUGCGAUUUGUCAUCGGAAGGCAACGCAGUAACUUCCGUGGCGUGGAGCGAACGGGGCCACUUAGUAGCUGUUGGUACACAGAAGGGUCAUAUCAGCGUUUGGGAUGUGGCUGUUAAUAAAGAGGUAACAAAACUGCAAGGGCACAUAGCUCGUGUGGGCGCGUUAGCGUGGAAUGGCGACAUCCUGAGUUCUGGCUCCAGAGACCGACAUAUUAGACAAAGGGAUACAAGGACACCACCGGUACAAUCGUCUCGCAUUCUGCAAGGUCAUAGACAAGAGGUGUGCGGUUUGAAGUGGUCGCCCGACGGACAGUCGCUGGCGUCCGGCGGAAAUGAUAAUAAACUCUUCGUAUGGUCUAUGCACUCAACAUCCCCCGUGCAGACGUACUCUGCGCACGUGGCGGCGGUGAAGGCGAUCGCGUGGUCGCCGCACCAGCACGGGCUGCUCGCGUCGGGCGGCGGCACCGCCGACAGGUGCAUACGGUUCUGGAACACGCUCACAUCUCAACCUAUGCAGUGUGUCGAUACUGGCUCACAAGUAUGCAACUUGGCCUGGUCGAAGCACUCCAGCGAGUUGGUCUCUACGCAUGGAUACUCGCAGAAUCAGAUAUUGGUGUGGAAAUAUCCUUCCCUUACUCAGGUUGCGAAGUUAACAGGACACUCGUACAGAGUACUCUACCUGGCUCUGUCACCGGACGGUGAGGCCAUAGUAACCGGCGCCGGUGAUGAAACACUCAGAUUUUGGAACGUUUUCUCCAAAACACCUUCACAUAAAGAAAAUAAAAGUGUACUAAACCUAUACACGGCGUUGAGA